AUGAAGUCAAAAUGAAGCAUAAAUGCAAUAAAAAUUAAAGAAUUUUUUUUUCAAAAUGCUGAUUGGACAAAGAAUUAUCCAGCAAUUAAGCUUUCUAACCCUUCUUCAUUAUAAUCCAGUAUUCCUAUUAUCCUGUUCACAAUGCGAAAGUACAAAAGAACUAUCCUGUAUAACAAACCCAGGCCCUGCAGAGGAUUGUGGAUCGGAGGAUAAAUUCUGCAGUAUUGUUAAAACCUAUGUUCCAAAUUUACAAGAUGAUUCUGAUGCAAAUACCAAUGACCAGGCUGGUAAACUUAUAUCUCUACUUCGAACAUGCUCCAAGGUGGAGGGUCAUACUGGCUGUGCGGUAGAUACUUCAAAGGCGAAAGCUGUUGUGAUUUGUUCUGAGUAUUGCAAUGAAGCAGCUUGUAAUUCAUCAAGUCAUCAAGAUUUCUUCCAAUUCAAAUUCUUAAUCUUUAUUUUCCUUUUCCAAAUGAAAUAUAAUUAGAAACUGUA